CGAUACCUGUAGCAGCUGAGCCCUGUGGAGCAGAGCCGAAGCAUGACAUGUCCACUAAAAAGAUAAAUUAUCGCCGCAAAGGCAUGUAAGGUGGUGAAAUUUUGAGCUCCAUCCAUCCUUGCCCUGUCUCCACCUUGUCUCCAUGGCGACCCCUCCACUGGCCCCGCCCUUUGUGGGACAGCCUCCUCCACUGCCCCAGGCUCAGGCGGCAAGGGAUGUCAACACUGCGUCCCUCUGUCGCAUUGGCCAGGAGACAGUCCAAGACAUUGUACUGAGAACCAUGGAGAUCUUUCAACUGCUCAGGAACAUGCAGCUUCCAAAUGGAGUGACGUACAAUCCCAACACUCACCAGGAUCGACUGGGAAAACUGCAGGAACACCUCCGCAUGCUCUCCGUGCUCUUCAGGAAGCUCAGACUCGUGUUUGACAAAUGCAACGAAAACUGUGCCGGCCUUGACCCAAUACCCCCGGAGCUGCUUAUUCCUUUUGUGGAAGACGACGGGUCCAAGCUGGAGGACCGCUCCACGAGUCGAACCACGGCUGAAGAAAGAAGAGAGAUCAUGGAGGUCAACAAGAAGUUGAGGCAGAAGAACCAGCAACUCAAGCAAAUCAUGGACCAACUGAGAAACCUCAUCUGGGAAAUCAACUCGAUGCUGGCUGUGAAGAGCUGAAGGACUUUGAGUAAAACUAACCUUUAUUUGAAUUACAACAGACAGGCUAAUCCAAUAAUGUGGUCAAUAACUGGACAUAUGACAGGGUACAGAGCGCACUUUAAAUAAUAGUACACAAUUUGAACAUGUUUCUGAUGAAGAUAUGAAGGACCUGAAAUGAAGAAGAUAACAAGAUCCUCUGUUAUGACAAUAUGGACAACAAAUACUCUUAAGUCCUCAGUAUUCAAAACUUUACCAGACUAACCCCAAGAGUGAAUAUAUAAUUGUAUCUUUUUGUAGAGGUAGCUAAAGUGUAUAUAUUCUAUUGUUAUCAUGUUAGUAUCUGUUGUUGUCUGUUAGUUUGUCUUUGUCUGAGUGUACGAACAGAUGCAGAAGAUUUAUGAUUUUAGAGAGCCCCUCAUCUGCAAAAUCAUUGGUUAUUUUUUAAAAGAGAACAAUAUGUAUUUGUUUAUCCAUGGUCAAUCAACAACAAUGCAUUAAGUAGGGAUGCACCGAUACGAUAAUGGUAUUUGAUAUCUGCGCCCAAGAUAUCCGUGCGGCCGAUAUCCCAUUUUAGUUUCUAAACUGGUGUAGUAAAUUUUCAACUUACUGGCCAAUUUUGCCCUAAAAUGUUAACGUAUUAAACUUGUAUUUUUACAAAGCUGCUCUCUAGUUACUUUAAAUGAUAAUAACAGUUACAAAACACAUGUGGAUCAUUUUUGACUUAUGCUGUUUGUGUUUAAAGGAAAUAAAUUCUGUUUUCAGUCUCUGCACUGGUAUGGGUUGAUAUCAAAUAUCGGAAAAGCUGGAUCGGUGCAUCCCUAGCAUUAGGUGGGUUAAAUACUCACUCACUUUGUUAGUAUUAUUAGUACUUUGUUUAGUAUUUGUAUUAUUUUUGAAGAAGGUUUCAUGAUUAAUAAUUGGAGGUUCAGCUAAAUAAUGUAGCUACAUCAUACUAACAUGGACUGGUUUGUUUAAAAGGUUUACAGCCAAUCCAAAGACCAGAGUUGUCACAAUAUUAAAAUUUCAAUGCAGGGAAAGGAAAAGGAAAAGACUUGAUACUCAAUAAUAUUAAUCAAUCAUUAUCAAAAUAACAAUUGAAAACACCUAAAUAAAACAUAAUGUAUUUUUAAACAAAAUAAUAGCAGUGUCUUUAAAGCGCGUGUAUUGUUCACAAUCAAAUUUUUUUUAUCUAUUAUUUUUUUUAGCUUUCUACCAUAAUAUAACAUUGUUCUCUCAUUGAAAACAUGCAUGAAGAAGUUUUAUAUGUCAUCCAUGCAUGUUUGAGUAAUUUAGUGAUCUCACCCUCCUCACAGUUAGCUGUAAGAUUCUGUACUAUGCUCCGCCCACAAGCCUACGUCAUCCAUGCGCCCACACGACCUGAUGUGGUGUGCAGGAGUUUCAUGAGCAAGACAUACGCUGAUUGUGUUGUAGUAGCGUUCUGAAGGGGGAGAGACUUAAUGCGAGGAGCAAAGGGAGGGGAGACUCAGAGUGACACUUAGAAAAAAACAUGUUAAUACGCUGUUUUUGGCGAAUAUAGCAUUUUCAAAACAAUAAAAUGUAACAUGGUGAAUUAAAUAUAUUAUGUGUUAGCAGUUAAUACAGGGUAGCCGCGGGUAUUAAAAGUCUUGAAAAGGUCUUAAAUUUCACAGGUUCAAAGUGUGAGAUAAAAGUAGCGGAAAUUACAGUAGUUGGUUGGUCAUUAUUAGAAUUGGAUCUGGUGUUUUUCGCCCGCAAAAUGGGUGUGAUGUUGGUCUUAAUUUUCAUUCAAGUGGUCUUAAAAAGGCCUUUAAAAAGUCUUAAAUUUGGGGUAGUCAAACCCGGGGAUACCCUUUAAUACCCCUUAGACGUAAAAUACCUCCUCUUUAAUAUCAUGACAUAUAAUAUUACCGUAUUUUCCGUACUAUAGGGUGCUCUGGAUUAUAAGGCGCACUGUCAUUGAAUAGUCUAUUUUCAAACGUUUUUCACAAAUAAACUGCACUGGACUAUAACGCGCAUUAAACGAAACACAACAGUUCGAUGGGUCAGUGGGACUUUGUUGCGCUGACUCUGGGCUUUGUUCAGUUGUGGCGUGUAGGGAGGGUGCUGUCUGGGACCGCUGGAUUGUUGGCGUGUUUCCAGUGACUCAGUUGUUCAGUUGUGGCUAGAAGUGGCACAUUGCACUUGCUUUAUCGUUUCGUUCCUCUGUUCCAUCCCUGGAGUGAUGAGUGUGGCUGCGGGUAUUUUUCACUGUGCGGUCGCUGUCUGCUCCAUACGUGUUUGCGUGUGCUGUGUGGCUUUGUAGUUUACUGAAGUCUUGCUGGGACACCUGAGUUGAUUUGUGUAUAUGAUUUGAUGGGGUUGGAGGCUUAUGAGUGCGCUCUAUGGUGUGGAAAAUAUGGUAUGUCUUUUAACUUUGAUAUACCGUAUUUUUUGGGCUAUUAGACGCACUCUUAAGCCUCUAACUGCAUCAAAAAUUUACUGCAUGCUCCACAAUCCAGAGCGCCAUAUACAUGAAUCCACUCGGGUGUCCCAGCACAACUUCAGUAAACUACAAAGCCACACCACCCGCAGUGCAUGCAAACACGCACGGAGCAGACAGCGACCGUGCAGCGAAACACACCCGCAGCCACACUCAUCACUCCACGCAGACGAGGAACGGAACGGAGGAACGAACUGAAAAAGGGAGUCCAAUGUGCCACUCUGAGCCACAACUGAACAACUGAG